AUGCUGAGAAAGUCUCCCACGGGCACUUGGCUACCCGCAUGGGUCCCAGAGUCUACCAUUGUGCUCUCGUGUUUACUCAUGAUUUGCUCGAUUGUCAACUCGACGACAAAUGGCUAUGAUGGCUCCAUGCUUAAUGGACUCAACAUCCUGCCGUCUUAUACGGACUAUUUCGACCUGACUCCGGCGACGACAGGAUUGAGUACCGCCUCAGUGUUUAUCGGUGGUUUUCUUGGGCCCCUCUUUUCAGGUGUCAUAACGGACAAAUUUGGUCGCAGACCAGCCAUUUUGUAUGGAAGCGUGAUCACCCUCAUUGGCGUCAUUUUACAGACUGCCGCGCAGAACAUUGCCAUGUUUGUCAUUGCUCGCAUCAUCAUUGGCUUUGGUUCUGCACUCUCGGGUAUUGCGGGCGGUGUUUAUCUGUCCGAGACAUUCCCGAGCCGCUGGAGAGCCUGGGGUGUUGGAUUAUUGAAUGAUUUCUACUAUGUUGGUGCCCUCAUAGCUGCUGGCAUCACCCUUGGGACUGGCGAAUGGGAGUCGACGUGGGCAUGGAGAGCACCUUCGUUGUUUCAAGGAAUCUUUUCACUUCUUUGCAUCGUCAUAUUGCCAUUCAUUCCGGAAUCUCCGCGAUGGCUUCUCCAUGAAGAGCACUAUGAAGAUGCGCGACUUGUCGUCGCACAAACGAACACGAGCGGAGACUUGUCCGAUCCUGUAGCUAUUACCAUAUACAAGGAGAUUUUGGACACUCUGGAAUGGGAAAAGAAAGAGGGCCGAACCAUGAGUCCAAAAGAAGUCAUCAAGACUCCCGUGGCAAGAAAGCGUCUCCUCAUUGGUGCUUCUGCCGGUCCCUUCUCAUGCAUAGCCGGAAACAUCAUUGCUUCGUAUUACUUGGGGUCGGAGCUCGAGACUGCGGGUAUCGUGGAUACUCUGAGUCAGUUGAAAGCUAAUGUUGUACUGAAUGUCUGGUGCCUUGCUUGCAGUCUCCUGGGCACUCACUUGGCCGCUAGAUGGGGCAGGAAACCGACAGCACUAUUGACCCAGAGCCUCCUAGUCAUUUGUCUAUUCAUCAUCGGCGGCCUUUCAAAGAUGUAUGCGGAUGACCCCGAGGGAGCCUCCUCAAGCCUAAUUUAUGGAGACGUGGCCGUCAUGUUUCUCUUCCAGGGAUUUUACUCCGUCGCUUGGACCCCUUUGCUAUAUCUCUAUCCCCCAGAGGUCAUGAACUACUCUAUUCGAGCCAAUGGGGUUGCGCUAUCUCAGCUUGGAUUGAAUGCUUUCGCCAUGGUACUAGUGUUCGUGAUGCCGAUCGGCCUCGAUAACAUUGGUUGGAGAAUGUACAUGAUCAAUGGCUCGUGGGAUAUCAUUGUUAUUGUUCUCAUCGCCUUUUAUUGGAUCGAGACAAAGAACAAGAGUCUGGAAGAGAUCGACGCUUUAUUUGAAGGUCAAAAACACUCUUCAGUUCCCGACGUCGAGAAAGUCCGUCUAGGUGUCGAGACAAUUGAUGUCAGCAAGGUCGAAAAUCAAAUUCAAGCAGAUAUUCAUGCCAUAAAGACAAAGUAA